GGUAAACGCACUUCGCCUCUUCCCUCUUCCAUCUUCUUUCUACGGUAUUAAGAACCCAUGCUCCGUUCUCACCUCUAACCAUUCAACACUCUCUCUCUCUCUCUCUCUCUCUCUCUCUCUCUCUCUCUCUCUCUCUCUCUCUCUCUCUCUCUCUCUCUCCUUACCCGUUUCCUCAACUUAUCAAUUCUUCUCCCUCUCUCGUUCCUUCUCUCUGGAUCAGGGCUAGAUAAGGACUGGCAACCAAAGUUCGGAGAAGGGUUCUUUAAUGGCCUUUGAGCACUGCGUUUCGCAGCAAUGGAAAAGCAUCCCAAGCUCCGUGACUGUGACAGAAAAUUUUGAUGGGUGUUUUGAUUGCAACAUCUGCUUAGAUUUUGCGCAUGAACCAAUUGUUACCCUUUGUGGGCACCUAUACUGCUGGCCUUGCAUCUACAAAUGGCUCCAUGUCCAAAGUGCUUCUCUUGCACCCGAUGAGCACCCACAAUGCCCUGUUUGCAAGGAAGAUAUAUGCCACACCACAAUGGUUCCUCUCUAUGGCCGUGGCCAGGCCAUAGCUCAUAGUGACCGUGAUGUGAAGGCUUCCUAUAGAGGUGUUUUCAUUCCACCAAGACCACCUGCUUUGGGUACUCAAUCUCUCAUGCCAACAUCCUCUCAAAGUGGCCAGCAACUUCCAUAUCGCAAUCCCUAUCAGACUCAGCAUUUCAACCCUCCUUUAUACCAAGAAGAAGAUGAAUCAUCAUCGCAAAUGCUUCUCAGUCCUGGUGCCAUGGCACCAGGGUUCCCCCACCUUGUGGUUGGGAUGUUUGGAGAGAUGUUUUAUACCCGAGUCUUUGGGAAUUCAGAAAAUGUAUACACUUACCCAAAUUCUUAUCACCUGGCAGGAAGUAACAGCCCCAGGUUGAGAAGGCAAGAGAUGCAGGCAGACAAAUCACUGAACAGAAUUUCAAUUUUUCUCUUCUGUUGCUUCCUUCUGUGUCUCAUCGUCUUCUAAGCAAGUAAUUGGGUUGUUCUGUAUUUCUCCGUUGUAUAAUUUGUAAAGAAGAACGGGUUCAGACUCAAGAACGAGAUAGAUUGAGUAAUUGUAUUUUAGGUUAAAAGAACUGAUGUUCUUCAAUAUUUACUACAAUAUAUUAGAGCUCCAUUUUAAGGAAAGUCAUUCUGUAUGACUGUUGAGAAGUAUUAUUGUACUCAAUUCUAUUUCAUACUGCAGUUUUAAAGUUGAAAUUUCA